AUGGCUCCCACUACAGCCAAAGCCCUCGUCACCCGUGUUGACGGUGACAAGUCCACCAUGGGCAUAAAAAAUAUGCCAGUUCCGAAAAUUGAACCGCAUCAGCUGCUGGUUCGCGUCGGUAGCGUUGCACAGAACCCAACAGAUGUCCAAAGCCUUGAUGGAAGUGCUUUCGGCAACGGAGCUGUCCUAGGCUGCGACUUCGCUGGUACCGUGGAGAAAUUAGGAGAUAGAGUCACCACCGUCAAGGUGGGCGACCGUAUUGCGGGGUUGAUUUGGGGAGGUGAGGUUCCAGGGCUGGGAGCUUACAGCCAAUACACGAUCGCCGACGAGAAGAUCUGCUUUAAGGUUCCCGAGAAUAUAUCCUCCGCCGGUGCAGCUACUGUUCCUUUGGCAGCAGGAACAGCGUGGCUUGCUCUCUAUUCAGAAACCUGCUUGAAUAUAUCGAGGACCGGGAAGAAUGCGACCCCAAUUCUAGUAUGGGGAGGAAGCUCAAGCGUAGGCAACUAUACCAUCCAAUUAGCUCGCAUCUACUCGAUUCCCGUCGUUACAGUUUGUAGCCCAAAGAACUUCGAUCUCUGUAAGAGAUUGGGCGCAACGCAUGUAUUUGACUACCGCGACGCCGAUGUCAUUGCAAAGAUCAAAUCUGCUACUCCCAAUAUCCAGCAUGUAUUUGACACUAUCGGCGACGAGAUAUCGUCAGUUACUGCUUCUCAAGCUGUCUCUGAGAAAGGUGGUGUUCUGUGUACUGUAAGACCUGGCAAGCUAUUUACAGAGAGAGUAGACUCAAAUGUCAAUGUGACGGAUGUGUUGGUUUGGACAGUCUUCUUGAAAGACCACCAGUACAAGGAGUUCAAGUGGCCCGCUUCGUCCGGAGACCAUGCACUUGGAAUUGAGCUGUUUGAGAAUAUUUCUGGCUGGCUUAAAGAUGGAACAUUGCAGGCAAAUACCCCGAAAGUACUAGCAGGUGGGCUUUCAGCUAUACCGGAAGGAUUCCAGAUGCAUAGAGAUGGCAAAAUAUCUGGUUUCAAGCUUGUGUAUGAGCUGUAG